GAGCAUCCCCUCCCCUUGCGAGCCUGACCCAAGGCAGGGGCUGGACGCGUGGACCCCUCUCUUUGGCCUCCCUGACGUCCCUGGCCUCCUGCAGGAGCAGAGAUGCGGCCAAGUGUCGCGGCCGCGGUGGCUGCGGGGCUGUGGGUCCUGUGCACGGUGGGUGCGGCGGCCCCCCGGCGCUGCCUGCUCUCCCACUACCGCUCGCUGGAGCCCCGGACGCUGGCAGUGGCCAAGGCGCUGAGGGACCGCUACGAGGAAGAGGCGCUGAGCUGGGGGUCGCGCAACUGCUCCUUCCACCCCAGGAGGGAUCCUUUGCGGCCGUCGUCCUGCGCUUGGCUCCGACACGUGGCCCGAGGCAUAGCGGACGCCCAGGCGGUGCUCAGCCGCCUGCACCGCCCGGAGCUGCUCCCCGGCGCCGGCCCGAUCCUGGAGCUGCUGGCGGCCGCGGGGAGGGACGUGGCGGCCUGUGUGAGCCGCCGCGCCCCGCCGCCCUCGCCCCGCGCCCCCGCCGGCUUCUCUGCGUCCUCUGUGAGCCCCGCGCUUUGCGAGUCUGUCCCGCUUAGCGGAAAACCCCGUCCAGACCCGGGUCGGGUCCUCCGGGUGUCCACAAAGCCGGGCUCGGGUCUGCGACUGGGGAGCCACGGGCAGAUGCAGAGGGAGUGGGGGGCUCCGUCCUUCGCCUUCCCCAUUGGCCCCGUGUUCCCCCUCCAGCUCGAGCUGGCCCGGCCCGACUCCUCCAGGAAGGUCCCCGGGGCCCCGAGGAGGCGUCACAAGCCGCGGAGACCUGUGAGUGCAGCCGGUAGGACAGGCUUAGCCUGCAGGGACGACCGGGCGAGGCGGACAAGGCCGGCACUGAGCAGGGCUGGGAGCGGCGGGACUAGAGGGGGCUCCUCGGGAGGGAAGAGCCUGACUCAGCCCCGCUGUGCUCCCUCCCGGGCUCCAGGACUCGCCUCGGUGCCGCGAAGCCCGAGUGGUCUUCAACCUCCUGCGCCUGCUCACGUGGGAGCUCCGGCUGGCGGCGCACUCAGGACCUUGCCUCUGACCCCGCCCCUUAAGCCAGCCCCGAAACCUCCAGGCCAUUGGCUGCCGAAAGUGGCCCCUUUCGCCCAUUGGCCCCACCGGGCGAGGCUCUCAGCCAAUGGGCAAUGAGGCACAAGAACUUCUCUGCAGUCUUGGGCCUGACUUGGAUGCUCUGUCUCGGAUACAAGAGGCGCGGGUCCCCAGGAAGCAGCGAUAUUUCCUCGGGGUGCAUUGUGUGAUCCUCCAAGGGCUGCUGUAGCAGGAAGAGACUUGAGGUCUGGAAACCGUGGCUGACCCCAGGCACGGCACCAGUUCCUCCUUGUGUGGUUACCAGGACACCCCCAAACCCGGGGCCCAACCCUGGAUUUGCCACCCCACAGCCAGCUUUGAGAUUCUGUGAAUCUGUGACUCUUGGAUUCGGCAUCUGGGGGGUACCAUCCCUGAGGGUUUGGUAGUGAAAUCCAAGAAUCCUCACCUGACUGUGGUUCUUUAGAUUCCCUGAUUGACGUUGUUUGUAUUUGUGACAUUCCUGUGUAUUUGCUAUUCUGGCUCCUGGUUUAAAUUUAUUGCAGUUAUUAAGAGUGUUUUGAUUGCAUUGGUUGUUUUCCAUAUGAUGGUUCUGAGUUGCGCUUUACAGCAAAAAUAGAGGCUGAGCCAGGGACUCAGGUGGCCUGAGUUUCAGUUCUCACCCUGCCAGUUAAUUAAAGUGUGAUGCAGGACAAAUUGCUUUCUGAGCCUGUGUUUCCUCACCUAUAGGAUGGGUUAGCAUACUUGCCUUGUGGAGGAGUAGUGUACAUUGAGAUCACGUUUUAAACUCUCCAGCUGAGGUCCUGGUAUGGUCUUAAUGAGUGGGUCCCAUUAAAUAGUCACUCACAUAAA